CUUUCCUUGAUAAAUGCAUUUCCACAUCAACUUCAAAAGAAAACUACUUCCUUUGUUCGAUGCCCUCCACCUAAAGGGUCCAAUACAUCACCACACUUGCUCCCUGUAAUCCCCGGAAAACCCGAUACUUUAACUGUUUUCGGAACUUUAGAUUCAGAUAUCACAGCGAUGUCAAGGCCGGUUUGUAAAGAUGCUGGAUGUCCAAUUCAAGCCAAAUCCUCAUUCUCUACAAACGUGGAUAUUCCAACACCAAUAAGCUUAACAACAUUCUAG